AUGUUUCUUGAUAAUGCAACGAAUAAAGCAUUAGAAAGAAUUUCGAAUUUCCAAGAAAAAGGCAAUGAAGCAUUUGUUAAAGGAGAAUUUGAAACCGCACGACAAGAGUAUGCUAAAGGAAUUGAAGUUACACCUAAAGACCCUCGAUUAUGGUCAAACCGUGCGCAAACCUUUAUUGAACUUGGAUAUCCUGAACUUACGAUAGCUGAUGCCAUUAAUUCACUCUCUCUCAUUGAACCAAAGAUUAUUAGUGGCAAAUAUGAGGAUGCUGAUAUGGUAUUAUUUUGUAAUAGUGGAUGGAGGAAAGCGGAAGCAUUGGCCAAUUGCGAUGAAUAUGGAUCAGCAUCAAUGGAAUUGGAGAGACUAUCUCAAAUUUCUAAUAGGCGACCAGUGUCAGAUAAUAUGGACUCAGAUCGGUACAUAUUGAUUGAACAAGUUGGAAAAAUGUGCAAGUUUUCAAGUCGUGGAGCUUACCCGUGGGACAUUCGUAAUCAAGAGCAUUGUAACUUAGAGAGUCUUGCUUCUGUUCAGAAACUUUUGGAUAAGAUAUCUCGAAAUAGUAUCAAAGUGUCAUUAGUUAGCUUUCCUGAUACUUCACAAUCACACGAAUUUGGCAUAGUGGCGACAAAGAAUAUAAAAAAAGGAACCCUUCUGUUUAACGUAAAACCGCUAAUUUCGGUUCACGCUCCUGGUCAACAGCGACUAAAUGGUGAAUCUAAAUCAUCUAGUUCUUCUCUUCUAUUUGUUCUUAAAAUCUUUGCCAUUGCCAAACAACGAGAUAAUUGUCCUUUAGACAUUGAAGAGAUCAAGCACAUUUUUCCCUUCCAACAUUCAACUGCAUGGAAAACCAAAGCCGGUUCUGCUUUAUUAAAUCCUUUGACAGUAACAGGACAAUUAUAUUCUAUAAUCCCUCUUUUUAACCAUCAUUGUGAUUCAAAUGCCAGUCUUUCAGAUGUUAUAACUAAAUCAAUUCUACUUGGAAAUCCAAUUUCAUCCGAGAUCAAUUUGUCAUCAGGAAUCGAAGCAACCGUUUUAUGA